AGUCCUGGAGCCAGCACAACACCCAUCUCUCCUACUUGGAGCCCAGGGCAAAGCCGGCAGCAGCCACGUAGAUGAAAGCAAAGCCGAGCUCCAGCACUGCAGCCAUGUCCACGUCCCUGCGGGUGAGCCCCUCCGUGCACGGCUACCGCUUCGACACCGCCCUGCGCAAGAAAGCCGCGGCCAACAUCUUCGAGAGCAUCACCCAGGAGUCCCUGCAGAAGCUCUUCAGAAACUCCGGGGACAAGAAGGCGGAGGAAAGGGCCAAGAUCAUCCUCGCCACCGACCAGGAGGUGGAGGAGAAGACGAGAGCGCUAAUGGCACUAAAGCAGAGGAGGAAAGACAAACUGCUCCAGUUCCUGACGCUUCGGAAAUUCUUCAUUAAAGUUCACUGAGCUGGCCAAGGGAGCAGAAAUGGAGGAGAACAUUUGGGGACGGGACCGUUUGUGACCUCCAGCCCCACUCAGCAUGCUCCACUGCCCCGUGGAACUGGGGACCUGACUGACUGCCCGCAGGGCUUCAGCCCCAACAGCAAACUGUGCACCGAGGGCGGCGGCGGCGCCCAGGGUGCCAUCAGUGCCCAGGGCAGCAUCGGUGCCCAUGGCAGGAUCAGUGCCCAUGGCAGCCUUGGUGUGGACAGCAGCAUCGGUGCCCACAGCAGCAUCAGUGCCCAGGGCAGCCUUGGUGUGGACAGCAGCAUCGGUGCCCGUGGUACCAUCAGUGCCCAGGGCAGCGUCGGUGUGGACAGCAGCACUGGUGCCCAGGGCAGCAUCAAUGCCCACAGCAGCACUGGUGCCCAUGGCAGCUGAUGGGGAUGGCAGCGUGGUGGCCAGAGGCUCCCAGGGAGAGGCAGCCAGGCUCCUCUGGGCAGCCGUGGGACUGAGCUGGGGGGAUCCCCCCACUGCCGGGUGUGACUCCGGCCCUUCCGACAGACUCGGUGCUCACUGACUUCACCCGGGGGCUCUGCCCUCUCACACUCGUUGUGCUGAAGCCUGAGCCCUGCAGAGCCUCUCUGCUGUGGCUGGUGGGAGGCUCUGGAGACCCAUCAGCUCCUGCUCACGGUCACUCUGCAUCUGUUCAGUGUGAGGGGCAGCAAGUCCAGCCAUCAGGGAACACGUUUGCUCCAGAGUAACUCUGCACAACUGUGCCUUUCCUUCCUAAGCUGUAUGUGUGCAGUAAAAGUCAUUUGCACAGAAGCAAUAAUAAUGACAGAUCUCUUUGAAUUUACUGUGAAGUUCCUUAAUAUUUUGUUCACUUCCCAUUAACACUAAAAAUCUAAAUAUAAUAACUCUGGUUCUUCUCUGUGUAGGUUAUGGUUGCUAUUAGAUGAGUACAUACUUCAUGGUAAUAUUUUAUGACAAUGUUAUUAUUAUAUCAACUAUAAUUUAUUGCAUACAGUAACCUGAAAAUUAAUAAAUUAUGAAGUAAAUAUAAA